GAGAUACGGAGAUGUGAGUAUAAAAACGAGUGGCACAUAGAUGAUUCGCCUUAGUCAGUUUAAAUUUUCUUGGGUUUAAAAAAACAAACAAAAAAUGUUUAGCUACUUUGUCAUCGCAGCUGUACUUCCAGCGUUGAUUAUGGGACAAUAUCCCAUUGUUCAAUGUCCCGGAGGAUUACCAACACCAACUUCUUUCUUUAUUGAAGGAUGCCCGAGUUCACCUUGUAGCGUACAACGCGGAACAGUUAUUCCAUUCCGAGCUGGCAUUACUGCUAACGAAAAUAGCGCAAGUUUGACUCUGGAAAUUGACAUUGAAGCAUUCGGAACAGUGACUCCAUACCCAGUACCACCAGCAUUGUCCAAUGUGUGCAAUCAUUUGGAAGGCCGUGGUUGUCCAAUCACAGCUGGCGAACAGAUUGUACAUGCAUCCAGUAUUCCAGUCAUCAUCGAUUUCGGAGGUGGCGUUCCAGUUACUCUUCGAUCCAGAAUCUACAAUGCCAGUGGUAGUGUACUGAGUUGUUCGGUCAUAAACGCAAGAAUUUAUUAAAUAAAAAACAAAAACAUUUUUGUUGGUAA